AUGGCCGACGCUGCCGAGCCUGCGCAGGGUCUCGAAGCCCCUCCCCGCGAUGGCGCAAAAUCUGCCGCCCCGGUUGCCAGUGUCGCACAAGCUGAAGAGACCGAGCCGCUCCUGUCGCAAAACGAAAAGCAGGAUGCUGCGGCCGAAGCUAUAGCAGAGCAGACCAUGGGCGACAUCCCUGAGCCCGCGAAAACGGACGAUAAACCUGCGACUGCACUUUUGACCAAAGCCAUGAACUUCCUGUCAAAAGCAUCUCCCACAACGCUGGCCGGCAUCGCAGUCGGGUUUGCAGGCAUCACAUAUGCGAUUCUUGGUCAGCUGGGCUUGCUCGUCAUUGGUGCGGUUGGAGGCGCCGCUGCUUUUGUCGUGUGGGAGGGCCGCAAUCCCGACAUUGCGCGAACAGUACGCGGCGAAAAGGGUCCCGAUGCGCUGGAACGCAUUUGGAUUGACCUUCAGGCCAUCAAGGUCACCGAGGAGGAGACCGGAGAGGACAAGGAAGACCAGAUUGCUUUCAAAGGUUUCGACGACUUCCAACCAGAAACCCGCGAAGCUCUGAGCAGCCUCGUCGAUACUAUUAUAAAAGACUACGUCAAGUGGUGGUACAGCCCUCUCAUUCCGACCGAUCACUCGUUUCCGCUUGCUUGCCGCAAGACCCUCACGUCAUAUAUUUUAGCCGUCUCGAACCGCAUGGCCAGAAAAAGACCGGCCGAUUCCUUUCUCGACCUCCUCACCAACUCUUCCUCCAUCGCCAUCGCCUUCAUGUCAGAGCUCGCGGCUGCUUUCGCUGACGUGCCCGCCGAAUCGAACAUGACGGCUGUCGAUGCUGUUUAUACAUAUCUCGCGUCAAAUACCGAUUCGCGCCUAGCGAAUCUGUUGAACCAGAAGCAACAAGCCGCCAAGUUCAAGAUGGUUGCAGAUGACCUGCUCUCAUUCAUGGAACCCAGUGCCUACAACUGCGACCCAGCUCGUGCUCUUUUGAGAGAAGUUCUGGCCAACACUGUGUUGGAAAACUUGCUGCAGACAUGCAGUAAACCUGAAUGGAUCAAUGGCUGGAUCGUGUACCUCUUGGAAGCCGGAGAGCCCGACAUCAACCAGGCCAUUGAUGUGGGCAUGCAACGAGCCCGAGAUACUGCCAAUAAUAUUUUCGCAGAUAUUGAUGGCAACGUUGGAAACAUUGGCAUUGCCAAACCCGCAAGUCGCUCCUCUGGCGAAUAUGAGCGCGGCAGAAGAAAGGAAAUACAAGCGCAUAGAAAACGACUUAGCAAAGCCGACGAGGAGGUCGAGGUGGCAAUCGAGGAGAUGAAGCGCAUGAGCGGGAUGAUGGAAGACAUGGAAGACAGCAGGCGAUCAAUGACUCACGAUUCCUCCACACCAUCGAAACAGAGUACGGAUCCAUUCGCAACCGAAGAGGCUGCUUCCAACCGCACCGGCGCAACGAGUGCCCAGAACUCGACACCCCCGCUUGUUCAAGGCCGCUCUUCUCCUUUUGGUACCUCUGUUGAUGGCGCAAGUGAACCAGUAUUCACUCCAAUUACUCCUCGUUCCACCAUGGAUACGUCGAGCCAGAAUUCGUCAUCCCCAACAAAACCUGGCAGCAGAGAUGGGCAACAUUUUACCAGUUUUGACCAGAUUGUCCCAGCAGCGGAACCUGAACAAGAGGAGGACGGGCCAAAGAAACCAGCCUUGACCCUCCACAACGCUUCUUUCACACUCCACGACGAUGCCACCGGCGACACUGCCAAGAUUCGGAAUAAGCCAAACUGGGACUACUUGAUUCAAGUUGAGCCAUCCUCGGCCGGAUCCCCUGGAUGGAUGAUCGUGAGAAGAUACUCCGAUUUCGAAACAUUACACGAAAUCCUGCGACGAAUCGCGACAGUGUCUGGUGCCACAGCUUUCACCGAGCUACACAAAGAGCUACCAAGCUGGAAAAUCCACAGCAGAGAAUCGCUACGUGGCGAGCUGGAGCGUUAUUUGCGGGAUGCUUGCUGGUAUCAAUCUCUAGCGGAAAGCGAGGGUAUGAAACGAUUCCUCGAAAAGUCGCAGGGCCACACCCAUGGCAACAGCAAGUCGUUUGCGUGGGAGUCUGUUGGCAAAAACAUGCUUGAUGUCCUCGCGAUUGCGCCAAAAGGUGCAAUGGAGGGUGGCAAGACCUUUGUCGACGGUGUUACUGGUGUGUUCGGAAACUUCCCCGGCAUCGGCAAGAAGGCUCCAAGCCAAUCCGUUGACUUGACACCAAACAAACGGCAUUCACUCACGACGCCGGUUAGAACAGACACACUCAGGACAUCCCCUGCAAGAUCGGAGCGUGCUAGUAUAGACAGCCAACGGUCUUCUGUUGUCUCUACGCAACCUGGUAGAAUGCCCAUGAUGGAACGCCGACCAAGCCUUCAAUUCCAGAGUGAUAAUGAAGGAGAUGUGAUGCGCGUAGGGCGUUCUGAGCGUAUAGAUUCAACAGCGUCUGCCUCUGUCAGUGCGCGACCGAGCCGAGAACACAGUAGAGCGUCAAGCUUAGCACCACCGCUACGUUCUCCGUCGUCCAUCAGCUUGGAGUACCUCAAGCUGCCACCUCCCCCCGAUGAGAUGACGGACGAUUACGAGUCACCCUCGAAUGGUGACAUGGCUGCCAUGAAUGAGGCGACUCACAGCAAAAAUCGCUCUAUAGGACACAUGUCUAUGCCCUCUGUGACCUCCACGCAAGGUUCUGCGACGAAUGGAAAGAAGCCAGUCGUUCGCCCGAUCAAAGCGCACUCGAAACUCAGCGAGGGCGAAACGAGGGUUGCCGUGGAGCUGCUUUUUGCUGUCAUCAAUGAGAUGUACACACUUUCAUCGGCAUGGAACAUUCGCCGCACGCUUCUCACAGCCGCCAAGUCCUUCCUGCUUCGGCCUGGAAACCCGUCUCUCCUUACUGUGCAGACACUGAUCCAGUCCUCUGUGCUUGAUGCAUAUACCGCCGACUCAGGCAUCGCGGAACAAUUACGCAAAGUACGGGAAAAUAGCAUGCCCACGGAGGAAGAACUUGCUGCUUGGCCAGCAGAGAUGACCGCAGAGGAGAAGGAGCAAUUGGCAACCAAGGCCCGCAAGCUGCUGAUUCAGAGCGGAGUCCCAGCAGCCCUCAUGGGAGUCAUGGGCCAAGCCGCUACGGGUGAAGCAUUGGGGCGCGUCUUUGACUGUCUCCAAAUUGAGGAAGUUGCGCGAGGUCUCAUCUUUGGCCUCAUACUGCAAGGUGUCAAAGUGCUCACUCACUGA